AUGUCGCUACUGUGCGUAGGCGUAUCUCGUUUUAUGUGCGUCGCUGUGUCAGAUAAGGUCAAGGUCGUGGGCUACUUCGCGCUCUCUGCAUGCAAUGGGCUUGCAUCGGCAAAGUCCUCAGCGGAACUCUCUCUAGCUUUAUCUGUGUUGGACUGUUCAUCGCUUUCGUUUGUUCUUCCCCUUCGCGUCACUGCCGCAUCAACGGCAUCCUCGGAAAAGACGGCUAGUGCUGAAGACCUAGACCCUCACAUUGGGGAUCCCCAGCAUUCAUUGCGACACCGGGAGGAUGUGUUUUCUCCUUUCGUCUCCGUGAACGUUCACGUUGUCGUCAGCCCGCCCCAACUUCAGCUAAUGUAUGAGCCGACUCUGGAUUUUGGUGUGGUUCGGGCACACAGCCAAGCCAGACAGUGGUGUAGAAUAAAGAACCCUAGCGACGUGCCGACUGUCGCGUGGUUUCGCAGUCUUCCGUGGGCCUCAGUUUCCGCCGAUUCACUUCAUAAGGACGAUUUAUGUGCUACUCGAGAAUCCCUCUCAGCGAGCGUUUCAGGUCCACCUUUUUCCAGAUACUACGACUUGAUUCAGUCCCUGGGUAAGGCGGCGGAGAUCGCAUUCACGCCGAAGGGCUGCUUCUCGCCUGCCGCGUCGGUAGGCCACCCCGCGCCUGUUUCUGCAAAGCCCGCGUUUCACCAGCUGACGUCGAGUCCGGCAGGGAAUAUGAUCCAUUCGACUGGGAGAAAUCAUUACGUAAACGGAGCACGCUGCUCCGAAAGUGGGGAAAAAAAAUACGAAAGAAAACGACAUUCUGCAGAGACGAGAGCUUGUGCGAAAUGCAGCUGCAUAAUUGACUACUGUAUUGAGGACUCGGACCGACGACGGACUUUCGAGAAAGCGCCUGAAGACAUCCCGCGAGACAGCGACGGCUCACUGGUGGCAGCCAGAAUGUCGGUGCAUCCGCACCCUCAGCAAGGUUGUCCACAGUGUUACUCAGGACGCCACAGCGCAGUACAUGCACUUCUUACAUUUUUUCCAUGCUGGGUGGUAGUCCCAGCUCACGGAACAGCGGACAUUGCUGUGAUUCUCAACACAAGUCAUCCGGAACGGCUCAGCCGAGAUGUGGCCGUAUGUUAGCCAAUGCUGCCGUACAAUGGCCGGUGUCACAGAGAAAUCGGACAGACAAUCGAAGCGGGGGAACUGUUCUAAACAUGCAUCCAUUUGAUACAGAAGCAGUUGCGUAAAGAGUAUUUGUUAGCACUAGAUCCAGCGGAUUUCACAUCGCCUACCCAGAUGGGAGAUGGGCGACCCAUAGUGGCAAGCACAACAGUAGUAUGCAGCAGCCUUACUUUUCACGCAAACAAGUCGUGCUUCGGAAGAACUGAUGGUAGAGGAAACUCACGGGUGUCUCACCUAGGGGAUCCGUAUGCACGCAAUCUGAUCAAGUGACAGAGGCGACAUGAUACAAGGGAGCCAAGUGCCAGGGUCGUGGUGUCUUGCAAACCUACAAAGAAACAGCCGUUUCACCCUUACCCAGUGUGUAGUAGCCGAAGUUUUUUUCCAUAGUUCUACAAGUUUCUAUCCCGAAAGGGGGUCGUGCACCACUAGUUGUAUGUGAUACU